AUGCAGAUUUCCAGGCCCAGGGGGGCCACCUCUUUCGAAGCCCGUGGCACAGGAGGGCUCCAAGUCUACGUGACCUACGACCCCAGGCACCUCCCCAAGCCUGAAGGUUCGAAGAGGUGGUCUCUUGAUGCAGACACCGAGGUCAUCGUGUCUCUGAAGGCUUUUAGCAGUGCGGUCAACGAUAACAAGGUCAGAGUGUCCUAUUACGAUCAAACAGGUCGCACACCGAUUGCUGAAGCUUGGGUGUACAUCACGUGUGUAGCCCUCUCCCUGGACGCUGAUACCAGCCGAACUGGAACCGUCCAGAAUUACGCUACCAACAAGACCAAAUGGACCUGGGGACCAGAUGGACAAGGUGCGGUAUUGUUGGUGAACUGUGACCGAGAUGGUCCAAGCCAUGGAAACAUGGACUACACCUAUCCUUAUGUGCGAUCCCAUGCAGAUCUUCAAGACUUGUCCCUUGUGAUUCUCAAUAUCAACAGCCCUGCCGGGAUCUUCGACAACCACAAACUGAUCCUUCACAUCUCCAUGUUUGAUGCUGCGAAAGUGAGAGUUUUCCACGCGGCUGAAAACACUUCCGUCUCCAACUACGAGAACAUUUUGGGGUCAGACAAGCUGUCCUACACAGUACAACCUACAGAUGGACGAGGAGAACAUACGUUUUACGUGGAAGGCCUCGCCUUCCCAGACAGAGACUUCAACGGCUUCGUGUCCUUGAACGCCACGCUGCUGGAGCAGACUAGCUCGACCUCACCAGCCACUCCAGUUUUCACGGAUACCGUGGUUUUCCAGGUAGCCCCUUGGCUCAUGACCCCCAACACCCAGAGACCCCUGGAGAUCUUCGUCUGCAGCAUUGAUAAGGGUAUCAACUCCAACGAAAAAUUCCUGGAGGCCAUCAAACUUCUUGCAAAGAAAGCCAACUGCAAAUUAACCAUUUGCCCAGAAGUUGAAAACAGGGGAGACCGCUGGAUUCAGGAUGAGAUGGAAUUUGGUUACGUAGAGGCUCCUCAUCAAUCCUUCCCUGUCGUCUUCGAUUCUCCCAGGAAUCGGGGUCUGAAGGAAUUCCCUUUCAAGAAGAUAUUGGGCCCUGAUUUUGGGUAUGUCACUCGGGAGCCCAAGAACGGGAGAGUGUCCAGUCUGGACUCUUUUGGUAACCUGGACAUCAGCCCACCUGUCUCGGUCAAGGGAAGAGAUUAUUCCUUGGGACGGAUCCUCAUCGGCAGCAGUUUUCCUGGAUCCGGCAACAGGAAAAUGACAAAAGUUGUCCGAGAUUUUCUUUACGCUCAGAAAGUUCAAGCUCCUGUAGAGCUUUAUUCAGAUUGGCUGACAGUGGGUCACGUGGAUGAAUUCUUGAGCUUCGUUCCGGCUCCAGGAAAUAAGGGUUUCCGGCUGCUUCUGGCUAGUCCCCUCGCUUGCCUGAAGCUGUUUGAAGAAAAGCAAAAAGAAGGUUAUGGGAAUGCUGCCCUAUUUGAAGGUCUAAGGAAGGUGGGUAAAAUUACCCUCAAUGAGAUCCUGAUGGACAGAAAUUUGCGCCAAGACAGCAAAUAUGUUCAGAGUUGCAUUGACUGGAACCGGAGUAUUUUAAAGCGGGAACUCGGACUGACCGAACGAGACAUCAUUGAUAUCCCCCAGCUCUUUACUCUUGAAGGAUCCACCGCGACAGCCUUGUUCCCGGACAUGGUAAAUAUGCUUGUCUUAGGGAAACACCUGGGUAUUCCCAAGCCAUAUGGACCCAUCAUCCAUGGCCAGUGUUGCUUGGAAGUGAAAGUCCGCUCCCUCCUGGAGCCACUGGGCCUCUCCUGCACGUUCAUUGAUGAUUUUUUCUCCUACCACGUUUUAUCGGGAGAAAUCCAUUGCGGCACCAACGUCCUACGGGAAUCUUUUUCCUUUCACUGGUGGAAUAUUCGUCUAUGAAAAGAAACCGCCCUGUUAUCUCAGAUU